CUGUAGGAAUAUCAACAACGGCACUCAUGACAGAAGGAGGUGUGGUGAUUCAGGUGGGGCAGUGUUGACACUGACAGCAACGAAAAUAGCAGGAAAACUCCCCACAUAAGCAGUUCGUCGAGGCGGGACAAAAAUGGAGUAAGUUAAGUUUAUAUCGCUGAUCACGGCGUUUUGGCCGGGUUGAAGAAAGAACGGGGGGAAGCUGACAUUCGGUUUCCCCCCUACUGCUACCAGACGCACUGCUGCGAUGGAAAUGGAUAUUGCAGAGACUGAGGCCGGGGAACGCAGGCGGGAGCACUGGAAGCUCCUCUCCAGCCUGAAGACCACUGUGGAGGGGCUGCUGUCCACCAACAACCCCAAUGUGUGGUCCCGCUACGGGGGCCUGCAGCGGCUCCAUAAGGACAUGAACAACAUCCUUAGCCACGGGCUGAAGUGCGAACAGGUGUACUGUAAACAGAAAGAUUACUGGCGUUUUGUUUGGUGUGUGCGCUAUGUCAGCCCCCAUCUGGCCUCUCACGUUGAGCAGUUCAGUCAUCUGGAGCCAGUGCUGAGCUCUGGUGUGCAGAGCGUGGGGGAGGGCCACAAGGCGGAGCGCUGGUUGCUGCACAGUCUCCAGGCCCACUGCCUGUCUGUUCAACUCCGGCCUCUGCUCAAACACCAGUCACACACACGCAAGUACUACAAUGAUGAGGCAUUUGUGCUGAGUGAGCCCCAUGUGUUGGCCAUGUUACAGUGCCUGGAGGCUGUGGAGCAGAAUGACCCACGUCUUCUGGCUCUUGUGGACACAGUCAGGCUGUCCCACCUGAAGGAGCCUCCACUGGGCUUGCUGAAGACUCAGAGUCUGUGUGUGCUCCCUGGGGCCUGGCCCAGAAGGAUGGGGCCCCACAGCACCCUGCCCCCGCGGCUCACCACAUCACAGUCCUCUCUGAGAGAGGGACACUCAGAAGGGAGCUCUGGGGCCCCCUGGGUAUAUGGAGCCACUGAACAGGGGCAGACGGACUCUGGCAGCAUCCCCCAGAUCUUGUUGACUGAGCCCACCUCUCCAGUGCCGGCCGAGGACGCGGACCCGGUGGACGGGGACCUCGACGACGGGCCUGAGUACCUGGCCAUCGGUAAUCUUGGGCAGCGGCGGCGCUGCGACUCUGGCAGCUCCUCCGCCAGUGAUCGGGUGGAGGCCCUGGCCCCGCCAACGCCUCGCCGCUCCUCCUUCUCUGAGGUGCAGGGGGGGCCCAGCCGGAGCUGCAGGGGCCACACGAGGUCACUGUCCGACACAGGAAUCGCGCAGAAGCACAGCGGAGAAUCAGCUGUAGAUGUCUGUCGGGUGAAAGACUAUGGACCCUUCUCCACUCAAAGCAGUGAGGCUAGCACCCCCAGCUCCCUCUACAUGGAGUCUGACAGCUCACAGCAUAGCAGCAUGUCAGACGGUUUGUUCCGGAAGCCCUCGGAAGGGCAGAGCCUCAUCAGCUACCUUGCCGAGCAGGAUUUCGGCAGCUGUGCGGAUCUGGAGAAGGAGAAUGCUCACUUCAGCAUAUCGGAAUCACUCAUCGCGGCCAUCGAGCUGAUGAAGUGCAACAUGCGCAGGCGGGAGGAAGGGGAGGACGACGACGACAGCGACUGCGAGAUCCAGCAACUCAAGCAGAAGAUCCGGCUGCGCAGGCAGCAGAUCCGCCGCAGCCGGCUGCAGCCCGCAAUGCAGUCGCAGCACGCCUUCCCUUCAACGGACAGUGGGGGUUCAGGGCGGAGCUCCCAGGAUUCCUUGCACCUGUCUGAUUCUUGCUCAGCUGAAGAAGUGGAGGAGUGCGAGCUAAAAGAUGGCUGUGAGGGCGGGUCCCUGAUGGCACUGUCUCAGAACGGGCUGUCUCUUUCACUCGCCUCCCUCUUCUCAGAUGCAGAUAUCAAGCGUAACGUGGCGAACACCAACAGAAAGUCUUUCCUGAGUUCAGAUUCAGUCUCCCACUCCUUCCUGCAGUCCAACUCUGCUGAGUCGGUGGCCAUGGGGCUCCUCAGGCAGUUUGAGGGCAUGCAGCUGCCGGCUGCCUCUGAGCUGGACUGGCUGGUUCCAGAGCAUGACGCUCCCCAGAAGCUCCUGCCUAUCCCAGACUCCCUGCCCAUCUCCCCUGAUGACGGCGAGCACGCAGACAUCUACAAGCUACGGAUCCGUGUGCGGGGAAACUUGGAAUGGGCUCCACCACGGCCCCAGAUCAUCUUCAACAUCCACCCUGCCCCCAAGAGAAAGGUGAUAGUGGCCAAGCAGAACUAUCGCUGCGCUGGAUGCGGCACCCGCAUUGACCCAGAUUACAUAAAGAGGCUACGCUACUGCGAGUACCUGGGCCGUUACUUUUGCCAGUGUUGCCAUGAGAAUGCCCAGAUGGUGGUGCCUGGGCGGGUGCUGAGGAAGUGGGACUUCAGCAAGUACCCUGUCAGCAACUUCGCCAGGGACCUGCUGGGUAAGAUCGCGGGAGACCCUCUCUUCAACCCCAACGACAUUAACAGCGGCCUCUACAAGAAGGUGAAGGCACUGGAGACAGUACGGCUGUUGAGGGUCCAGUUGUUCCACAUGAAGAACAUGUUCAAAACUUGCCGCUUGGCUAAAGAGGUGUUAGAUGAGUUUGAUGCCCUCCCAGGUCACCUGACGGAGGACCUGCACCUCUUUUCCCUCAAUGACCUUGCUGCUGUGCGCCACGGGGAACUGGCCCCCCAGCUGCGUGAGCUGCUGCGCCUAGGAUCUGUUCAUGUUGCUGGAUGUGUGCUCUGCCAGGCAAAAGGUUUUGUGUGUGAGUUCUGUGGCAAUGACAAAGACAUCAUCUUCCCCUAUGAGCUGAACAAGUGCCAGCGCUGUGAAGGUGAGCACCCCCUGAUGGCCAGAAGAUUCAGUGGCACACGCACCACCCCUGCCCCCUCCUGGAGAGACUGGAAGUUUCCCCGUGCUCGCAGACUGGCUAGGGCUCUGUCCCAGGACAGGAGAGAGGGGGAGGGAGGAGAGGCUGAGGAAGAAGAGAAGCAGGGGCGGGUUAGAGAAGGGGAAGAAAGUGGGGAGGAGAAAGAAGAAAAUGUCCAACUCUGGAAAGUCUCCCAUACAGGCCAGUUAGCCAAGAAAUUUUCUCACUAUAGAGGAGGAGAAGGAGAAGGGGAAAACAGUGGAGAGGAGAGUGAAAGACAGAAUUUUUUUAAAGUUCUCACAGAUGGCAGACUGACUAAGCUGUUCUCCUGGAAUAGUGGGGUGGAGGAAGGAGGGGGAGAAAUUGAAGGAGAACAGGAAGAGGAAGGAGAGCGAAGUGGGGAGGAAGAGGUUGAGUUGGAGAACGAUGAGGGGUCGGACGAGAAAGUACAGGGUGAGGAAAGUGGAGAGAAUGAAAGGAGAGAGGUAGAGAUGAGCAGAGGUCAGGGGGAUGAGGGAGAAAAGAGUGAGGAACAGCAGUCCACAAAAGAAAAAAGGAAAUUAUUCAAAGCUCUCAAAGUUGGUAAACUGACUAAGGCCUUUUCCAAGGAUAGAGAAAGGCACAGUAAGGGGAAGGAGGGCAAUGUAAUUGAACCAGAGGAAGAAGUGACAGAAAGUGUGGAAGGAUCAGACAAGGAGGAAAAGGAAAAAUUAAUGAAAGUCCCCGGAGUUAGCAGACUAGCUAAAGCGUUUUCUAAUGAUCAGGAAGGGGAACUGGAGGAUGAGGAGGGUGAAGGAAAAAACGAUGUAGAGGAGGAAGGAAAAGUGAGUAAACAUGGAGUAAAAGGAGAGGCUUCUGGCAGUCUGAAAUUCUGGAAAGCUCCCAAACAUAUCUCGCUCUCUAAGCUAUUUCCCAAAGGUAGAACAGAGAAUGAUGAAGGGGGGGAGUCUGUUGAGAAGGAGAUAGAUGGGAAGGGAAAAAAUGAUGAGCAGGAAGGAAGUGAGGAGGAGAAGGUAGAGCUGACUGGGAGCAGGAGUGGCUGGAGGUCCCGGAGAACCCGUAAAGCCUGUAGGCUAACUAAGGGUAGGAGAGACAGGGAGAGACCAGACGAGGCUGGAGAGAGGGAAGAGGAAAAUGACAGGGAUGAAAUUGGAGAGAGAGCUGAAGAAGGAGUGAAUGAGAGGCUUAAAAAAGAGGAGAGUAGAGAAGACACAGGGAAUCCCAGGGGUGACAACAAUGGAAGAGACAUAGGGAGUUGUCAGACACCAGGCGGAGGAGAGAGAGUAUGUGAGCAGACAGAUGGUGGAGGGAUGGACAGUAGAGAGGAGAAGGGUCUGUGCACUGGUGAAGCUGAUGACAGCAGAGAAGGCGAGAGAGGUGGAAAGAAGGAAUGUCCACAAACCAGCAAUCCUGCUAGGAGAUUGUUGAAAAUUCCUAACCCCCUGCGACUGGGCCAGAGUAAGAGAGAGGUGGAAAAAAGAGGAGAGGAUGCAGGGAGCCACUCGGAUUCCUCUCCCUCCAUAACAUUCGGGGAGGGUGGAAGAAAGAGGGAGGAGGAGGCAGGUAGCCUCUCAGACUCUUCUCCUUCCCGGAGAUUAUGGAAAAUGCCCAAGCCUGUAGGUUUCUUCAAAGGCCAGGGGGGGAAGAGUGCAGUGGGGAACACAGAGAAAAAAGAGGCAGAGGAGAAAGGACAGGAGGAAGAAAUGAAUGAGGAGAAACAUAGUGACCCUUCCUCAGAGCCUUUGAGAAAAUCCUUGAAAUAACAUUAGAGAGGAAUGGGGAGGAAGUGAAAGAGGACCAUCCUCCUGAAGGAACUAAACCAUUGAGAGUACAUGUCCAUGUAGUAUUGAACAUAUCCCUUACAGAGCUUCAAACCAUGGACUGGGAUUUUGAUGUGUCAUGUGGUUUGUAGCCAUGUGACUACCUUUUUUUGCAUUUUUGUUAUUUUCUCAACACAAUGGUAAUUUCUUGUUGUAUUAGUAAAAAGGCUCCAUUGACAUGCCUGCCCACAAUUAAAAAUGUUUAAUAAAAUGUCAUCACACAUGCUACAGUAUAGUAAAUUUCCACUUGUGUGCCAUCGGAAGUCAGCCCAUUUUCAAUUGCAUUGUUUAACUGAAGAGCG